AUAAGAAGACCUUCAGCCUCUUAGAGAUACCCAUAGGAAGGAAAUCCAAGCUUCUGGCCUGUUCUUGCCAGCAGAAACAAAGAUGAGGCCUCUGGUGAUACUCGCCGCCGUUACUCUGGUUGCUCUCGGCGUCCUCGCAACUCUGCCUCUCGGCGAAGGCUCGUCGUGGCCGUGCUGCGACAACUGCGGUGUUUGCAACAGAAAGCUCCCGCCGGAUUGCAAGUGCAAUGACGUCUCGGUGCAGGGGUGCCACCCGGAGUGCAAGAACUGCGUCAAGGUCGGUGCCGGGAUUCGUCCCGGCGGCGGCCACGGCCCCGUCGUCACCUACCGCUGCGAUGACAUACUCACAAACUUCUGCGAGCACCGCUGCACGGCGGCACCACCGCCGGAGGCGGCGGCGUUCCUGGGUGAUGGCUUCUGAUGGCAAUCUGCUGCAAGCAUCCAUAUGGCAAGUCGAGUUUGCUUCUCUCAGCUUCGUCUGAGAGAAGAAAUAGAAUAAAUGUCACCGCUCAGCUUGAUGUUUGCUAUUGUACGUCGUCAGUGUAUUAUUAGUACUGUUUCUGGAAUAAUUAAGAGCCAUUCAUGAUGCUUGUUAUAUGCACAAAGCACUGGUAUCGUGUCGAGUCAUGACAAUAUCUUGGUUACCUUGUUGUACUUGUAUUGCCCACAUCUUGCUGAAAAUUGAUUGAUGUUUAUGCUUA